AUGACUAAGCAAGUGUUCCUUGUUGUUCUAGCUGUCCAGGUCCUGACAGACGUCAGGAAGCAAUUUGUGGAAUCAGUGGACAAGAGUGUAAUCAAUGGCCUCUUGGAUGACAUGAUUCAAGAAAAAGUGCUGAACCAGGAAGAAAUAGAGGAAGUGAUGAAUGAACAUUUGACAAUCAUGAGUAGAGCCCGGGUUCUGAUUGAUUAUAUCAUUCGGAAGGGCUCUAGGGCAUGCAAGUCUUUUAUCUCACACAUCUGGCGUAGAGACCCCUAUCUUGCAGAAAAACUGCAACUAAUUCACCUAAGUAAGAAUGGGUGUUAA